UCAAUACUUUCCGUCUUCACAACUGCGCCCAAGUAUUAUAUAAAAGACCACCUUAUUUUUUACAACUCCACCUUCUCGCUCUCUCUCUAAUCUAACCAGGUGGGAAUUGUAGAGGAAGAUCUGAUGUACUUACUGGGGGAUCUCAACUAUACAAAAGAUCAUGAUGGCCCUUGAACAAACAGAAAAUAUGCAAAGGAACUGCGAGGCUUCCUUAAAAUGCCUCCACAACAAGGGAUUCCCUUACAACCUCCAAUGUAAUGGGAAUCCCAUCGAAGGAUUUGCAGAGCAUAAAGAUGAUAUUAGUACUCACCCAGGUGGGGAUGUUGCUGAGCCAGACCGUCCUGUGGGCGGUGAAUUUCUUGAACCUCCAACUGAAUGUCACAACAAACCUACCUACCAUCAUGAUUUUGGAUACUGGUCAACCUUCCAUUUUGACUCCCAAAAGGUGCAACAGUGCCAGAUAAAUGCUUUUGAGAGCCAGUUUCAUCCCUUUCCUGUGGAAAAUCGAUUUAACUAUGUCCCACUCAAUAUGUUUGCUCAAAGUUACCCAAAUGAGUUCCAGUUCCAAGAUUUUCAGUAUUUUGUGGUAAUAGACUUUGAGGCUACCUGCGAUAAGGAUAGAAAUCCCCAUCCUCAAGAGAUAAUCGAGUUUCCAUCUGUGAUAGUGAGUAGUGUGACAGGCCAACUGGAAGCAUGUUUUCAGACUUAUGUGCGGCCAACCUGCAACCAGCUCCUGAGUGAUUUCUGCAAGGAUCUGACAGGAAUCCAGCAAAUUCAGGUGGAUAGAGGAGUUACCUUAAGCGAGGCCCUUCUUAGGCAUGACAAAUGGCUUGAGAAGAAGGGAAUAAAGAACACCAACUUUGCUGUUGUGACAUGGUCAAACUGGGACUGUCGGGUCAUGUUGGAAUCUGAGUGUCGAUUCAAGAAAAUUCGAAAGCCUCCUUAUUUUAACAGAUGGAUCAACUUAAAGGUUCCUUUCCGGGAGGUUUUCGGUGGUGUUAGGUGCAACCUGAAGGAGGCAGUUCAAAUGGCAGGCUUGGCAUGGCAGGGCCGUGCUCACUGUGGCCUGGAUGAUGCGAAAAACACUGCUCGCCUACUCUCUCUGCUUAUGCGUAGGGGCUUCAGAUUCGCCAUUACAAACUCUUUGGUGUGGCAGACUGCUGAUCGCCCAUUGACAUUGAAGCAAUCCUCAGAGCACCUGUCACUGCCACAUCACCCCCUGAAACUGAAGGAUAUGAGUAUUCCUCUGUUCCAGUAUCAUCACCCAAUCUGUUUCUGUGGGGUGAAGAGCAGCAGAGGUAUGGUUCGGAAGCCAGGUCCAAAGCAAGGGAGCUUCUUCUUUGGCUGUGGAAACUGGACCGCCACUAGAGGUGCCCGCUGCCAUUACUUUGAAUGGUCUUCUCCAUGAUUGAAAGUAAGAAAGGAUUCAUGAUCUUUCAAGAUCUUAUCCUAAGCUUUUUCUAAAAAUAUCUUCUGUAAAAAAGAGAAAAAGGAAAAAAAGAGAAAGGAUGGAAGUAGGGAUUGUCUCCUAGCGGAAGCAAACAUGCUUUUAGCUGCUUGGUGAGGUUUCUGUUUCAACCCUGAAUAGAUAUAAAUAGUUGGCUCAAUUGCUAAAUUAUGUCUGCCAAACAUUUAAGUACUCUGAAGGGAGAGCUUCAACCUGUAAAGCUGACUUGAUGUUGACAGGAGAACAAUUUGGGAGUGAGAGGAAUUGGGUAGUCAUUUAGGAGGAUGAUGCUUCUGCAUGCUUAGAGGUCAAGGCAUGCUAAAUUAUCUUAAAUAAACUAUGAAAUAGGGAGACUUGGUUUUCUUAAUGAAAUUUCUAAUGGGAAUCAGUAGAGUUGAUGUGCCCAGUUUGCUUGCUAUUCUUAAUUCCGAAUGGUUUUGAAUUGCCCAUGGAUUGAUUGGCAUAGUUGAUGUAAAAUCCAAAGAAACUUGGCCAUUCCCUUGCAA